CCAUCACCUUUCCCAAGCAGUGGCAACAAAAUAUCUCUCCACAUUUGACCGGACUCUCCACUCAAUCACCACUUUUGACUUCCCAUAUGGCCUCUCACCCCCAAAACGACGGCGCCCCUCCGCCCCUCCGCCGCCGUCCCCCGCCGCGCGUCCUCCUCCUCCGGCACCCCCACCACUUCUCCCUCCUCGGCCGCCCCCUCCCCGACGGCUUCCGCUUCCUCAAGCCCUGGGAAUCGCCGCUCCCCUUCGACGACUUCCUCGCCUCCCCCGACGCCCGCGCCGCCGAGGCGAUCUACACCUCCGGCAGGGACCCGGUCACCGCCGACAUGCUCCGGCGGCUCCCGGAGGCCCGCCUCAUCGUCACCACCAGCGCGGGCCUCAACCACAUCGACCUGGCCGAGUGCCGGCGGCGGGGGGUCGCGAUCGCCUGCUCGGGAGACGCGUACACGGACGACGUGGCGGAUUUGGCGGUCGGGCUGCUGGUCGACGUGCUGAGGAAGGUCUCGGCGGGCGACCGGUACGUGAGGCGUGGAUUGUGGAGCUGUCAGGGAGAAUUUGCACUCGGUUCGAAGCUGGGAGACAAGAGAGUCGGAAUUGUUGGAUUGGGAAGGAUUGGCCAAGAAGUUGCUAAAAGGCUUGAAGCCUUUGGAUGUGCCAUUUCAUAUUACUCAAGGAAGAAAAAGCCAUACGUUUCGUACCCUUUCUAUUCCAAUGUCCGUGAGCUCGCCACUAAUUGCGAUGCCCUCGUAAUCUGCUGUGGCCUGACUGAGCAAACCCACCACAUGAUCAAUAGGGAAGUACUAUUAGCUUUGGGGAAGGAAGGUGUGAUUGUCAACAUUGGGCGUGGACCAAUUAUUGAUGAAAAGGAAAUGGUGCAACUUCUAGUCCAGGGAGAGCUUGGAGGCGCUGGCUUAGAUGUGUUUGAGAAUGAGCCCAGUGUUCCUGAAGAGCUCCGUGCUCUCGAUAAUGUCGUAUUAUCGCCUCAUAGAGCUGUUUAUACCCCGGAAACCUUAUCAGAUUUAUGCGAUCUCGUCGUCGGGAACUUGGAAGCUUUCUUUUCGAAUCAGCCCUUACUUUCCCCUGUGUUAGAUGAGUGAACCGACAGCUCAGCUGGUCUAUUUUGGCUCUGUUACCACUACUGAACUAGAUUCAGUUGGCUUCACCUGAAGCAGUCUUUCUACAUACUUUGGUCUCAAUGCGUGUGCCUUGAUGGCACCCGUUGUGCAUCACUACUAGCCGUGUUUGGCGCGGCUAACCCACCAUAUGUGGCCAAUUGACUAUUGAUUGUAUUCUUUCCCCGUGAUGGUUUCGUCCUGUUGUAUUUGUUGAUCCCUUCCACAAUCGGUGAAAGCCAACUGAUCGUGCGAUAGUCUGUCGGGUACCAUGAAGAAGCCGGGGAAGGAAAGAGAUGAUGAGUGAUGAUACUGGGUAGGCCUUGUUUUCAACCGUCGCAUCUGUCAUUGGGUGCAAGACGCUAGAAUGGGGGACAUGUUGAUCACUGAAGACUUCUCCAUGAAAAUGAAGAUACAUCAUCAGAUCCUGUGUUGUGUAUUGUACCUCUAGCCCUGAUCUUGAUGUUCUGGAACUUCUUUAUUAUCAUCACGUUUUCUUUUGAGGAUUA